UCUCUCAUCUUCCUGGGCUGCGUGGCGGCGGCGGGGCUGGGCCUGAACCUCCUGUGUUUGGCCAUCUACCUGAGCUGUUUGUGCUGCUGCCGCAAGGAUGAGGAGGAGGAAAGCAAGAAGCCCAACUCCUGCUGCGUCACGUGGUCCGCCGUCACCGCCGGCCUCAUCACAUGCAUCGCGGUUGGUGUGGGUUUCUAUGGCAACAGUGAGACCAAUGACGGCGUAUACCAGCUGACCUACUCCCUGUACAACGCCAAUCACACACUGGGUGGAGUGGACAGUUUGGUGACUGGCACCAUGGGCAACAUGAGGACCGGCUUGCACCAACACCUCGCCAGGCUGGAUGAGAUCUUCGCCGCGCGGGGCGACUACGUGCAGACGCUGCAGUUCAUGCAGCAGAUGGCUGACAACGUGAUCAAACAGCUGCUGGGUCUCCCUGACUGGGAAGACGCCAAAGUGGACCUGGCAACCGUUGCCGAUCUAACGGCGAACGCAGAGUACUACAGGUGGCUGACAUACUUGCUGCUUCUCAUCCUGGACCUGAUCAUCUGCCUGCUGGCCUGUCUGGGGCUGGCCAAGCAGUCCCGCUGGCUGCUCACCACGAUGAUGGUGUUUGGAGUGCUGAUGCUGAUCCUGAGCUGGACCUCUCUGGGAGCUGACCUGGCAACCGCUGUGGGCACAAGCGAUUUCUGUGUGUCUCCUGACAAGUACGUCAUGAGUCAGACAAAAGGGAUCAUCGGUUCAGAUAUUGUCCACUACUACAUUUACUGCAACCAGACUCUUUCCAACCCCUUUCAGCAGCCUCUGACCAUCUUCCAGAGGUCUCUGACCACCAUGCAAAUCCAGGUCCAGGGUCUGCUACAGUUUGCUGUGCCUCUUUUCCCGACAGCUGAGAGAGAUCUACUUGGUAUCCAGCAUGUGCUGAAUUCCUCAGAAGCCAGUCUCCACCAGCUCACCGCCCUACUGGACUGCAGGGGGCUCAACAAGGACUACCUGGAUGCUAUGGUGGGGGUUUGCUAUGACGGAGUGGAGGGUGUGCUGUACCUUUGCCUCUUUUCCAUCCUUGCAGCCUGUGCCUUCACUGUCAUGUUGUGCGCCGUUCCGAGGGCAUGGAGACAAAUUGCCUGCAGAGAUCGAGAUUAUGACGACAUUGAUGAAGAGGACCCAUUCAACCCACGGGCAAGGAGGAUAGGCUCCCAGAACCCCAACCUCACAAACAUGCACAGCUUCUGCAGUUACAGCAGCAGCAUGGGCAGCCAGAACAGCCUGCACCCCCCCGCCCCCACCGUCUCCAAUGCCCCCAUGUCUGAGUACAUGAACCAGACAGCUCUUUUUGGGGGGAAUCCACGGUACGAGAACGUACCACUGAUUGGACGAGGCUCUCCACCCCCCUCGUACUCUCCCAGUAUGAGGGCCACCUAUCUCUCCAUGACCGAAGAACAGAGCAGGCACUUUGGAAACGACUUCCAAGCAUAG